CCGUGGCUGCCGCCGCUCUUUGGCGGCGGAGCAUUCCCGGAAUCCGCGGGCGCCGGUCAUGCUCAAGAGGAAGUCAAAGACACCCAGCAAUGGUUAGAGACACUGCUGGGAGCAUAAAGCCUCUGGCUGCAUAAAGACCUGCUAGCUUGCUCUCUGCUGUCCCUAUGGAGACAGGCAGCCCUAGGCUGAACAUGAAGCCCCAGUCACUGCAGCUGAUGCUGGAGGAGCAAGUGCUGGCACUGCAGCAGCAGAUGGCAGAGAACCAGGCUACCUCCUGGAGGAAGCUGAAGAACUCCCAGGAGGCCCAGCAGAGGCAAGCAACCCUUGUGAGGAAGCUACAGGCCAAGGUAUUGCAGUACCGGAGCUGGUGCCAAGAGCUGGAGAGGCAGCUAGAAGCCACUGGAGGACCAAUCCCUCGGCAGUGGGAAUGCAUGGAGGAGCCAAACCUAGAACAGCUGCUAAUCCGCCUGGAAGAGGAGCAACAGAGGUGUGAGAGUCUAGUAGAGGUGAACACUGAGCUUCGGCUGCACAUGGAAAAAGCUGAUGUGGUGAACAAAGCCCUUCGAGAAGAUGUGGAAAAAUUAACAGUGGACUGGAGUCAGGCCAAGGAUGAACUAAUAAGGAAGGAGAGCCAGUGGCAGAUGGAACAGGAGUUCUUCAAGGGCUAUCUGAAAGGGGAACAUGGUCGCCUUCUCAGUCUAUGGCGGGAGGUGGUGACCUUCAGACGCCACUUCCUGGAAAUGAAGUCAGCUACUGACAGAGAUCUGAUGGAGCUAAAGGCUGAACAUGCGAGGUUUUCAGGGUCCUUGCUGACAUGUUGUCUGCGUUUGACCAUGGGAGCACAAUCUCGAGAAUCUACUGGAUCUGGGAAAAUGGAUGACAGCGAGCCUGCCCAGCAGCUGCAACUGCUAGCCAAGAUCCAGGAACUGGAGAAGGAAGCCCAUGAGAGGAGCCAGGAGUUAAUGCAGCUCAGGAGCCAAGGGGAUCUGGAGAAGGCUGAGCUUCAGGAUCGGGUGACUGAGCUCUCUGCUCUGCUGGCCCAAUCUCAGAAACAAAAUGAAGAUUAUGAAAAGAUGGUAAAGGCUCUGAGAGAGACAAUGGAGAUCCUGGAAACACAUCAUGCUGAGUUAAUGGAACAUGAAGCAUCUCUUAGUAGGAAUGUCCAAGCGGAGAAGUUGUCUUUGCAGCACGUAAUCAAGGACAUAACUCAGGCUUUGGUGGAAGGAGACAAUAUAGCUCAAGAGUGUGGUCAUGAGAGCUCCCUGCCGUUGGACUCUAGUGGCUUCUCCUCUCAGUUUGACCCCCAGGACCCAGACAAGGCUCUCACUCUGGUGCAUUUGGUGCUGACUCGGAGACACCAGACUAUUCAGGACCUACAGCAGCAGCUUUCAGGCUGCCAGGAGGCUAUGAACUUCUUGCAGCAGCAGCAUGAUCAAUGGGAAGAAGAAGGAAAAAACCUGAAAGAAAGGCUGCAGACACUCACUGGGGAGCGGGACACUCUGGCAGGGCAGGCUACUGGCCUUCAGGGAGAGGUGGACUCUCUCAGCAAGGAGCGAGAGCUCCUGCAGAAGGCCAGAGAAGAGCUACAGCAUCAACUGGAGGUGCUGGAGCAGGAGGCAUGGAGACUUCGAACUGCCAAUAUGGAGCUACAGCUGCAGGGUGACACUGCCCAGGGAGAAAAGGAGGAGCAGCAGGAGGAGCUGCAUCUGGCUGUCCGAGAGAGGGAUCGUCUUCAGGAGAUGUUGAUGGGCCUAGAAGCUAAGCAGUCAGAGUCACUCAGUGAACUGAUCACUCUUCGCGAAGCCCUGCAGUCAAGUCGCCUGGAAGGAGACUUACUGAGGCAAGAGCAAGCAGAAGUGACUGCAGCACUGGCCAGGGCAGAACAAUCCAUUGCUGAGCUGUCAAGUUCUGAGAACGGCCUGAAGGCAGAGGUAGCUGAUCUUCGGGCUGCUGCUAUCAAGCUCAGUGCCUUAAAUGAGGCUUUGGCCUUAGAUAAACUUAGGCUAAACCAACAGCUUCUCCAGUUGGAGCAGAGCAACCAGUCUGUGUGCAGCAGAGUGGAGGCAGCAGAACAGGCAAGAAGCUCUUUGCAGGUGGACCUCGAAGAGGCAGAGAGAACUAGGGAAGCCCUAUGGGAAAAGAAGACUCACCUGGAGGUCCAGCUGCAGAAAGCAGAAGGGGCAGGGGCUGAGCUACAGGCAGAACUCAAAUGCAUCCAAGAAGAAAAGAAAGAACUCAAAGAAAAAUUAAGUGAGAAGAAAGAACGUUCUCUGCACCAGCAGGAGCUGGAUAAGGCUCUGGAGAACCUAAAAAAGGAAAGAAUGGAGCUGGAAAUGAAGCUCAGGGAGCAGCAGACAGAAACCGAGGCUAUCCAAGCACAGAGGGAAGAGGAACGGACCCAGGCGGACAAUGCCCUCUGCCAGAUGCAGCUGGAAACAGAGAAGGAGAGAGUGUCCCUCUUGGAGACACUGCUGCAGACCCAGAAGGAACUUGCAGAUGCCAGCCAGCAGCUGGAACGACUAAGGCAAGACAUGAAGGUUCAGAAGUUAAAGGAACAGGAAACUGUUAGUAUGCUACACACUCAACUCCAGGAGGCUCAGCGGGAUCUGACAGUGGCAGCUCAGCGACAUGGAGAAGACCUUGCUGCCCUCCAAGAAAAGGGCAGCACUCUGCUACAGGACAAAAUAAACCUGCAGAAACAGGUGGAAGAUCUGAAGUGUCAGCUGGUGGCCCAGGAUAACUCCUACAAGCUGGUGGAGCAAGAGGUUCAGGAGAAACUGAAAGAAGCCCAGGAAUAUAGCCGAAUUCAGGAGGAACUAGAGAGAGAGAGAGCCAGCUUGACUCUGUCACUGGUGGAAAAGGAACAGAGACUCAUUGUUUUACAAGAAACUGACAGUGUUCGACAGCAAGAGCUGAACUCCUUGCACCAGGCCACGCAGGAGGCCCAGAAAGGGCAGAAAGAGCUCAGUAUGCAGGUGGAAUUGCUCAAGCAGGAGGUAAAGAAAAGGGAGGCCGACUUUGUGGCCCAGGAAGCACAGCUGCUGGAGGAGCUGGAGGCCUGUCGGAUCACAGAGCAGCAGCUUCGAGCUUCCUUGUGGACCCAGGAAGCCAAGACAACUCAACUGCAGCUACGCCUGCACAGCACUGAGAGCCAGCUGGAGGCUCUGGCAGCAGAGCAGCAGCCUGUGAACCAGGCCCAGGCCCAGCUGGCCAGCCUCUACUCUGUCCUGCAAGAGGCCCUGGGAUCUGUAUAUGAAAGCAGACCUGAACUAAGGGGAGGAGGGGACUCUGCUCCCCCACUCUGGGGCCCAGAGCCAGACCAGAAUGGAGCUAGGAACCUUUUUAAGAGAGGACCCCUCCUGACUGCUUUCUCAGCUGAGGCCGUGGCAUCUGCCCUCCACAAGCUUCACCAAGACCUGUGCAAGACUCAGCAGGCCCGGGAUAAUCUGAGUGACCAGGUCCAGAAGUUGGCCCAGAGUCUAACUAGCGUUGAGGCCGAGAAGAACCAGAUCCAGUCAGAGUUAAAGGACCUGCAGAAACAACUCUUCCAGAACCAGGAAGAGAAAUCCAAGUGGGAAGGAAAACAAAACUGUCUGGAAUCUGAGCUGAAGGACCUGCAUGAGACUGUGGCAUCCUUACAGAGUCGCCUACGGCAGGCAGAGCUGCAAAGAAUGGAUGCUCAGAGUGAGCAAGAUUUACUUCGGGCAGCGAAGGAGAACCUGAUGGCCCAAGUGGACCGCCUGCAAGCAUGUGUUGCAGAAGCCAGGGCCCAAGCAAAUGUGGCUGAGAUUCUGGAAGAAGACCUGCGAACAGCUCGCUCAGCACUGAAACUGAAAAACGAAGAGGUAGAGAGUGAACGGGAAAGAGCUCAGGCUUUGCAAGAGCAGGGAGAGCUGAAGAUGGCUCAGGGCAAGGCUUUGCAGGAGAAUCUGGCUCUACUGGCCCAGACCCUGUCUGAAAGAGAAGGAGAGGUGGAGACUUUGCAGGGAAAAAUCCAGGAACUGGAGAAACAGCGGGAAAUGCAGAAGGCUGCUCUGGAACUGCUGUCUCUGGACCUGAAGAAGAGGAAUCAAGAGGUGGAUCUGCAACAAGAACAGAUUCAGGAGCUGGAGAAGUGUAGAUCUGUCUUAGAACACCUACCUAUGGCUGUGCAGGAGCGAGAGCAGAAGCUGACUGUGCAGAGAGAACAGAUCAAAGAGCUUGAGAAGGACCGAGAGACCCAGCAAAAUGUCUUGGAGAAUCAGCUUCUGGAACUGGAGAAGAAGACCCAAGUGAUUGAGUCCCAGAGAGGACAGAUUCAGGAUCUAAAAAAGCAGUUAGUAACUCUGGAACACCUGGCCAUGGAAGUGGAAGAAAGCCAUCACAAAGUGGAGAGCCUACAGAAGAUGAUUGAGGAGCUGGAGGGGCAGAGGGAAAUGCAGAGGGUGGCCCUGACUCACCUCACACUAGACCUGGAAGAAAGGAGCCAGGAGCUGCAAGUGAAAAGCAGCCAGCUCCAUGAGCAGGAGAGCCACAGCACCCUUCUGGCAAGAAAGCUUCAGGACAGGGACCAGGAGGUAAAGUCCCAGCGCCUACAGAUUGAGGAUCUGCAAAGGCAGAAGGAACAUCUGACUCAGGACCUAGUGCAGAGAGGCCAGGAGUUGAUACUGCAGAAGGAAAGGAUUCAGGUUCUGGAAGAUCAGAGGACACUGCAGACCAAGAUCUUAGAGGAGGACCUGGAACAGAUCAAACUGUCCUUGAGAGAACAUGGCCGAGAGAUGGCCUCUCAGAGACCCUCAGUACAGGAACGGGUAGAGGAAGCAAAGAGUCCUAGUAAAGCACAGCGCGGGAGUCUAGAGCACAUGAAGCUGAUCCUGCGUGAGAAGGAAAAGGAGGUAGAAUGCCAGCAGGAGCACAUCCAGGAACUUCGAGAGCACAAGGAGCAGCUGGAACAGCAGCUCCAGGGCCUGCAUAGGAAGGUAGGUGAGUCCAACCUGCUACUGACCCAGCAGGAACAAGAGAUAGUGAUCCUACAGCGGCACCUGCAGGAAGCAAAGGAACAAGGGGAACUAAAAGAGCAAUCACUUCAAUGUCAGCUGGAAGAGGCCCAGAGAGCCCUGACCCAAAGGGACCAGGAACUUGAAGCCCUAGAAAGAGAACAGCAACAGGCACAGACCCGAGAGGAGAGUCUGAAGGAAAAGGAAAGUGCACUCCAGGCAGCUCUGGAUGAGGCCCACAGGACCCUGAGGGAGCACCAAGGAGAGCUGGAGGAGCAGAGAGAGCAGGUACGAAGACUCCAGGAAGAGCUGGCAGUGGAAGGACGGCAGGUGCAGGCCCUGCAGGAGGUAUUGGGAGAUCUGAGGGCCGAGUCUCGGGAACAGGAAAAGGCUCUACUGGCCCUUCAGCAACAGUGUGCAGAGCAGGUGCAGGAGCAUGAGGCCAAAGCCAGAGCCUUGCAGGACAGCUGCCUCCAAGCAGAAGCCACACUCAAGGAACGGGACCAGGAGCUAGAGGCUCUGCAGGCAGAAAACCAGACCUUUAGGCAGCAGGAGAAGGCUGCAUGGGGUCAGGCAGAGGCUCUGCAGAAGGCCCUCAGCAAAGCCCACACCUCCCUCCAGGAGAAGGAACAGAGUCUCCUUGAGCAGGCCAAAUUGAGCCACAGUCUAGAGGCCAGCAGUACUACCCUGAGAACCACCCUGGAUGCCUGCCAGGCACAUGCCCGACAGCUGGAGGAGGCCCUAAGGAUUCGAGAAGGUGAGAUUCAAGACCAGGAUCUCAGACAUCAAGAGGACAUGCAGCAGCUCCAGCAGGCACUUGCCCAGAGGGAUAAAGAGCUGAGGCAGCAAAAGGAACAGGGACAGCUUCUGGAGAAGUCUCUGGCCCAGAGGACUCAAGAGAAGCAGAGUCAGGAGCAAGAAAGAAAAGAGACCAGGGGUCUUCGUGAGAGUCUAAGGGAGCUACAGCUGAUUCUAGCCCAAAAGGAAGAGGAAAUCCUGGAGCUGAGAGGGACCCAGCAACAGAAAAACAUAGAGGCCUUUUCCCCCAGCUCCAAAGCCUCCCCAGGGGAGGAACCAUCCUCAAAACUAGAUUCUUUAGGGCCCAAGCUGCAGCGGGAGUUGGAGCGACUACAGGUAGCCCUGAGACAGACAGAAGCCAGGGAGAUUGAGUGGAGAGAGAAGGCUCGGGACUUGGCACUGUCCUUAGCUCAGAGCAAAGCCAGUGUCAGCAGUCUGCAAGAAGUAACCAUGUUCCUACAAGCUUCUGUCCUGGAGCAGGAAUCGGAACAGCAAAGACUGCAGGAGGAGCUGGCACUCACCAGACAGACUCUAGAGAAGGAGCGGCUACACAGCCCCUGCUCAGCCUACCCAGCAGAGCAGGAGCCCCGAGCAGAACAGGGAGUACAGCCUGAAGAGGUCUUAGGAGCAGAGGCUGAGCCUAGUCCUUGUAUGGAGGAGAAGCAGUCAUGGAAACAAAGGCUUGAGCAUCUACAGCAAGCGGUGGCACGGCUAGAGAUUGACCGAAGUAGGUUACAGCGCCACAAUGUCCAGCUGCGGAUCACCUUGGAGCAGGUGGAGCGAGAGCGGAGGAAGCUGAAGAGGGAUUCCAUGCGCACAUCCCGAGCUGGGUCCCAGGAGAUCAGUGAAGCCAUGGCCUCUUCACCCAUACAACAGGAUGGUAAAGAAGUACAGAGGGUAUCUUCAGAUGCCAAGCAUGUGAUUGAACUGCAGAAAGAGGUGGCCCUGCUGCGGUCCCAGCUGGCCUUGGAACGGAAGCAGAGGCAGGAUUACAUCGCUCGCUCAGUGCAGACCAGUCGUGAACUAGCAGGCCUGCACCACAGCCUGUCCCACUCACUUCUCACUGUAGCCCAGGCCCCAGAGGCCACUGUCCUAGAGGCUGAGACCCGCAAGCUGGAUGAGUCCCUAACUCAAAGUCUGACAUCCCCCGGACCACCAGUCCUGCUACACCCCAGCCCCAGCACCUCCCAGGUCACCUCCAGGUAGCACCCACAGCCAGGGAAGGAUACAGUCUAGCUUGGUGGCUUACACCCAGAUGACUGUAAAAUGGCUCAUGGGCCCUUCGCACAGCUAUAAGAAAGGAUCUGGUAUUGUUCCCCAACCCGGCUGCCAUUCCUAGGAAGAGGAUGGAAACCUGCAAGGCUGGAGAAGGCCCCAGCUCAUAUGGGAAUGAGGCAAGUCACCUUUGCCUGCUAACAUACAGUGCUUGGGGAGUGCUUUCUCCUGACCAACAAGACAGCCCUGCUUUCUUAUCACCUGAUGAACCUUCUAGAGUCCACACUAGGCCUGGAGGCUCCAGUGAUACACACAGCCUGUGGAUGGUAUGUUGUGAACAUUCUGUGUGUAUCAAGUGCAGGGAGGUCCAGUUACCUCCUGUCUGGAAUGUAUUUUCCCAGCACUUCAACAAUAAACCCUGGAUCUGUGCAUUCGU